AUGGACGAUGUAAUGAAUACCGAAUCGGUUGAAUCUCUUAAGAAUCCAGAUAAUGAUUUCGGUGUACUCCGACCAAGUAAAUAUUAUUCAAGAAAGACUAUCAUUAUAAUUGCGACCAUGGUCUGCUUUUUGUCAGUUACUGUUUGUCUGGUAGUCUUCUUGCCUAUAAUCUUCUGCUUUAUUAUCCCGACUGCUAGGCUUCAAGGUGAACACUUGGCUUUAAAAAAGAAUGUUUCGUCACCCAUUUCAGUUGCAAACAAUGAAAAUUAUAAUCCAAUUGACACAGUUGACAAGAUUGUCCCGAUUCCGGAAUACGCAAGGCGUACGUUGUUAGAUCCUGCAACUUGGUUAGACAAAACGGACUUUAAUACUACGUUUACGGACGUAAUGGUUGGAAACCUUAGUAUUAUGGGGCUUUGUGAUGCUUAUGAUGAUACGGUUCAAGCAAAUCCUUCAGUUCCUCCUUUAAAUAAACCUUUUCCUUAUGGAGAAGUCCCAAUACGUGGCGUUAAUCUCGGAGGUUGGCUUUCUAUAGAGCCAUUCAUCACUCCUUCUUAUUUUAGAAUCAAUAAUGGAAGUCAAUAUUUAUUACACGACGAGUUGAGUUUACAUAACUAUCUUCAAGAAAAUGCAUCAAGAAUAAUAGAAGAACACUACAGUACUUUUGUAACGAAAAGGACGUUUGAGGAAGUUCGUGAAGCGGGACUAGAUCAUGUACGAAUUACUUUUCCCUACUGGAUUUUGCACAAGGAUUUAAACGCAACCAAUGUUUCCGGUAUCGGUUGGCGUUAUUUGUUGCGAGCCAUUGAAUGGGCUCGUUCCCAGGGAUUACGUGUCAACUUGGAUCUUCAUGCAGCACCAGGGAACCAGAAUUCUUGGAAUCACGGUGGUUACUUGAAUCAGCUUAAUUGGCUUGUUGGACCCGAAGGAAAUGAAAACGCUGAUCGUACUUUAAAAAUUCAUGAACAACUAUCCACUUUUUUUUCCCAGGAGAGAUACAAAAAUGUUGUUACUAUUUAUGGACUAUUAAAUGAACCCAACUCUUUUCUUAUUGAUCCUCAGCUAAUAAAUAGUUGGCAUAAAAAGGCAUACAAAAUUGUCAGAUCUGCUAUUCCAGGUGCUAUAAUAUCAAUAAGCGACGGUUUCCGAGGACCAGGAGACUGGGACAAAGAGUAUGACCCUUUUCACUUUCCAAACGUGCUCAUUGAUGCACAUAGAUACACUAUAUUCAAUGACUUUCUGAUAGCCUUACCUUAUGAAGAUAAAUUCAACAUUGUUUGUAAUUCAUGGAAAGAGGAAGUGGAACAGAAGGCAAAGCUUCCAACAAUUGUUGGCGAAUGGAGUUUGGCUGACACUGAUUGUGCAGAAUUUCUAAAUAACGUGGGUGAAGGCGCCAGAUGGGAUGGAACAUUUUCACCUAACGGAAAUGUUGAAUGCUGUCCUUCUCGAAAAGAUUGCACUUGUUCUACUGCAAAUGCUGACCCUGGUAGCUACACAGCAGAGUAUCGUAAAGUUCUUUACAACUUUGCUUCUGCACAAAUUGAAACUUUUGACAAGACUUGGGGCUGGUUUUAUUGGAAUUGGGAUACAGAGGAUGCCACGCAAUGGAGUUAUAAGAAGUCUCGAGCUGCUGGUUUGUUGCCCGAGUUGGCCUACAAAACUGAUCGAGCAUUUAAUUGCAGCAUGCUGGAGACUUCUUUCAUGUCUAGGCUGGACUGA